AUGGCUUCUUUCAAGUGUCUGGUGAGUGACUUUAACGUCGUAGUAUUAUUUUGAUUAUUUUUCCCAUCAUUAUUACCUAUAUUUUUAGUACACUAUCGUGUAAUUAUAAUACCUCAAUUCCGAAUUUAAAACACGUAGACAACAAAAGGUGUAUAUUAUAUUUCAGAAUAAUUUCCAAUUUUUGAUACAAUACUCAUUUCUAAUUUGUCCCAAUACAAUUAUCUAUAGUCUAUACGCAACUUAUAGAAACAUAAUGAACCUAUUUAACGGUUCAGACUUAUUAGAAAAUUAGUUUAAUGAUGGCGACCACCUCUUCAGCCAAAAGCGAUGAUUUCUUCUCCUUCUUAGGUAAUAUUGCAGCUGUGAGACCUUCCCAGCACACAACCUCGCCACCAGUUUUCUAAAUCCGGAACGUGUUUAUUAGUCCAAACCUUCACCAAAGGCUCUUUCAUUUUCCCUUAUACUGACAUUGUCCCAUUGUAUAAGUGAUUUUUCGAGAGUUCGUUUCUCAAAUAGAUUUUCCUAAUGCACUACCCGUAUGAGUGGCUGGAAUGAUCAUUUAUAUUAAAUUGUAUUUAAUAACGAUCGUGGAUAUUUUUGUCUUGACAGAUAUUCAUCGCCUUGUGCGUCUACACCGCCGCCGCCCAACAUGUGGAACCCACCGAAGACGGAGCAAGAGUAAAGAAACAGACUUUCAUCGCUCCGGCUCGUAAGUAUAGGAUAUUAUUAUUUUCCGUGUUUCGGCAAGUCCUACUUCUGAACUCGUGUUAUUCAAUAUAUUUGUAUCACAUAAAUGCAUCGAAUAAGAUUAUUUUUGUAUCUUUUUUAAGCGAUUGUGGNAAGCCGCUUACGCCGCAUACCCCGCUUACCCGGAAAAAGCCGUUUACGCAGCUAAAGCCGCAUACCCGGCUUACGCUAACGACGACGGUAGCUACUGGCCCGGCAAGUACGAAAAGACCUACGUUCCAGCUGCCUACCCGACCGUCUACCAUUACUGAACAGCAUCAUUCCGCCAACGGUUCUCAAUCUCAACAUCUCACUAAUGAAUAAUUAUUAAAACUGCCCGUAUAUUUUUCAAAUGUAAUUUACUUAUUUUUCAACAAUAAACACUUGUGAUCAUUUUUCUUUUUAUCAUUCGGUUUUUCUUUCUUCAUUCAUCUCCUCUGCGUUCAAGUCCUAUGCAACGGAUACUAAAACUGAAAUUAUUGCAGUUUUACCAAGGUGUACAAAAUUGUAUUAUUAUUCAAUAAAUCAUUAGAUAAGGUACAAUAUGACUGCAAUACAAUCCCACCGAAAGCACUUCAAUAAACCUUUGUGUAAAGUACAUAAAAAAAAAAAAAUAACUGUACUAGGAUAAUAUGGACGGGUGCAGCCACUGUUAUAGGUCAUUUAAUGUAUAUCCGUAGACAACGAUAAAUCAUUGGGAAUAAAAAAAAA